GUCACAAGACGCUGACCUAUAUAAAGUCCCAAACAUAAACAUUAGUUACUCUGUGGCGUCUACCCUGAGAUCGCAAUCACAAUGAAAGUCUUUCUCUUAGUCAGCUUGUCUCUAGUCUUCCUGUACACUGUGUCAGCCAGGAAGAACUGGGCUCUGCUCAUUGCUGGAUCAGCUGGCUAUGAAAACUACCGCCAUCAAGCUGACAUAUGCCAUGCCUACCAGAUUCUCCACAAGGCUGGCAUUCCAGACGAGCAGAUUGUGGUCAUGAUGUACGAUGACAUAGCCCAUAAUUCCGAGAAUCCAGUCAAAGGCAACAUCAUCAACAAACCAAACGGACCCAAUGUGUAUCCCGGAGUAUUGAAAGAUUACACGGGGAAAAAUGUCAACGCCAAGACGUUCCUGGCAGUUUUACAGGGAGAUAAGGCAACUAUUCGUGAACUGACAGGCAAAGAUGGUAAAGUGAUUGAGUCUGGGCCAGAAGAUUACAUUUUUGUCAACUUCGCUGACCACGGAGCACCAGGUAUCCUGGGCAUGCCAACUGAGCCCUACCUUAAGGCCCGACAGCUGAAUACAGCCCUGAAGAACAUGUACGACAAGAAGAAGUUCGCCAAGCUUCUCUUUUACGUUGAGGCCUGUGAGUCCGGCUCCAUCUUCAACAAACUUCUGCCUGACAACAUCAACGUGUUCGCCACAACAGCAGCCAACCCAACAGAGUCCAGCUGGGGCUGUUAUUGGGACAGUAAGAGGAAUGCUUACCUGGGAGACACAUACAGUGUAAACUGGAUGGAAGACACAGAUGUUGCUGUACUGACGAAGGAAACUAUAGAACAACAAUAUGAAAAGGUCAAGGCCAAGACCAACCAGAGUCAUGUGAUGCAAUAUGGAGCCCUCUCCAUUGAUGCUUUUACACUCGACACAUUUUUUGGCAACAAUCAAGAACCAAUCAGAUUACCAGAAAAGACAGAAAGAACCAUUCCAACAGAUCAAGUGCCCAGCGAACUAGUUGUCCUCAAGACACUUGAAAACAGAUUGGCUGCAGCGGCUGACUCCCUUGAAAGAUCUCAUUUGGAGGAAAAGUUAAAUCAAUUGAAACAAACCAUGUCUCAUACCAAUCAGCUGUUCAAUCAAAUAGUUAGUACAGUUUACAGCGAGGUGCCAGAGAAUCACCUCUACUCCCUAGUCAUGAUGAAACACGAAGAGAUUGAAGAGUGGGACUGCUACGAGAUGGCCGUGGACACUCUGGUCUCCAUUUGUCCCAACAUUCACUUGACCAAUAAUGAUCUGGCCUUGCGUAAACUGUACCUCCUUGUCAACCUCUGUAACCACAACCCACAGAGUAAGGUCAUCGCAGCCCUGGAAACAGCUGUAGGGGUCAACCCGUUAUGUAGCAACUUCUAGACCAGAACUUAGAGAGUUACCUCUCAUUGUCAUGUAAAUAAAGAAUAAAAGUAUUAAUUUAAAAGUGAA